AUGGAGAGCCGAAAGGACAUGGUUAUGUUUCUGGACGGGGGUCAGCUUGGCAGUCUGGUUGGCAAGAGGGUCUCUAAUUUGUCCGAAGCCGUAGGCAGCCCGCUGCCAGAUCCGCCCGAGAAGAUGGUGCCCCACGGUUGCCUGAGCCCGAGAGGCGGCCCUCCGGCCGCCCAGGAGCGCGGCGGGGGAGGUGCGGCCAUGCUUGGCCCGGGACCCCCGGUCCCCACUGCGGACAGCCUCUCCGGGCCCGGGCAACACAGUGGCUCAGACACCGAGUCGGAUUUCUAUGAAGAAAUCGAGGUGAGCUGCACCCCGGACUGCUCCACCGGGAACGCCGAGUACCAGCACAGCAAAGGGCCCGGCUCCGAAGCACUGGUCGGCAGUCCAAACGGCAGCAGCGAGACCCCUAAGAGCAACGGCGGCGGCAGUGGUGGUGGAGGAGGCUCGCAAGGCACCUUGGCCUGCAGCGCCAGUGACCAGAUGCGGCGUUACCGCACAGCCUUCACCCGAGAGCAGAUUGCGCGGCUGGAGAAGGAAUUCUACCGGGAGAACUACGUAUCUAGGCCGCGGAGGUGUGAGCUGGCGGCAGCCCUAAACCUGCCAGAAACCACCAUCAAGGUGUGGUUCCAGAACCGGCGCAUGAAGGACAAGCGGCAGCGGCUGGCCAUGACGUGGCCGCAUCCAGCUGACCCCGCCUUCUACACGUACAUGAUGAGCCACGCGGCGGCCGCGGGCGGCCUGCCCUACCCCUUCCCGUCGCACUUGCCCCUCUUCACUUGUGCCUCCACGUCGCGCUCGGACUCCUUCCUCACCUUUGCUCCCUCUGUGCUCAGCAAGGCCUCCUCUGUCGCGUUGGACCAGAGGGAGGAGGUUCCCCUCACCAGAUAA